AUAUCCCAUUUAAUACAACAAUAAGAGUUGAAUUCCCAUUUGUAUGCUUGGUUUCUCACUUUUUGUCAGAUUAAAAGAAUAGAGGCUAACAUGCUUUUUUCUAAACUGGGAACAAAUAUACCAUUGAUUCAUAACACUCUAUCAUAUAUUUUAGUGCCCCAAGGAAGCGUCCGUAGCAUUAGCCUUCUCGUGGGUUUUCUCGUGCGCGUAGUGUUCAUCAAGUUCCGAGUACUUCAGCUUUUUCUUCAGCUUUUCAUGAUUCUUGAUUUUCCUUAAAAGAGAAGUAGUUUUCUCUCAAUUGAUAGGUUGGUAAGCAAAG